UUGAGUCUUAUGUCGAAAAAAGACAAGGAACAACAUAUGGACCACCAAAUCAAAGGGCGAUGACCAUAUUUAUUGAUGAUAUAAACAUGCCUGUCAUUAACGAAUGGGGAGAUCAAAUCACAAACGAAAUUGUGCGACAGAUGAUAGAACAGCGUGGGUUUUACUCAUUGGAGCGGCCAGGCGAUUUUUCAACCAUUAUGGACAUACAAUUGCUCUCAGCUAUGAUACAUCCAGGAGGAGGAAGAAAUGAUAUCCCAAACCGUUUAAAGCGUCAUUUAUGUAUUUUUAACUGUACCUUACCAAGUAAUAAUUCAUUAGACCAAAUUUUUAAAAGUAUUGGCGCAGGGUACUUUUGUACUGAAAGGUUUAAUGACGAGGUUGUAGAAGUUAUUCCUCUUUUAGUUCCAUUGACUAGAAUUUUUUGGCAAAAUGUAAAGAUAAAAAUGUUACCAACACCAGCUAACUUUCAUUACAUUUUUAAUUUGAGAGAUCUUUCUCGAAUAUGGGAAGGAAUUCUUAAAGUUAAAUAUGAGGAAUGCAAAACAGUGGAGCAAGUCCUAAAACUAUGGUGCCAUGAGUGUACCAGAGUUAUUUCAGACCGUUUCACAGCUGAAAAGGAUAAAAUUUGGUUUAUAGCUAGGAUGAAAUCUGACGCCGAAUUAAUUAUAAAAGAAAUCAUUGAAUACUACCCAGAAGAGCCCACAUAUUGGGUUGACUUUUUACGUGACGCUCCAGAAGGUCAGGAAGAAGAGGACGAGGAAAUGUCUUUUGAGCCCCCUAAAGUAUAUGAAGAAAUACCAAGUUUUGAUUUUGUGAGAACAAAAGUAAUGGUAUUUAUGUCACAGUUUAAUGAGUAUAUAAGAGGAUAUAAUAUGGACAUGGUUUUUUUUAUGGACGCUUUAAAGCAUCUGAUGAUAGUUUCCCGCAUUGUUAGUAAUCCAAGAGGAAACGCAUUACUUGUUGGAGUAGGUGGAUCCGGAAAACAGAGCUUAACAAGACUAGCUUCUUUUAUAGCUGGCUACAAAUUUUUUCAAAUUACAUUAACACGCUCUUAUAAUACUGGAAAUUUAAUUGAAGACUUAAAGUUUUUGUACCGAACUGCUGGUCUUGAUGGAAAUGGAAUGACUUUUAUAUUUACCGACAAUGAAAUUAAAGAAGAGUCCUUCUUAGAAUUUAUCAAUAACAUUCUAAGCUCUGGCGAAAUUGCUAAUCUUUUUGCUAAAGAUGAACUGGAUGAAAUGUAUGGAGAGUUAAUUCCAAUAAUGAAAAACUUCAGCCUCGUCGACCAGCUACUCAAGACAAUCUCUACGAUUUUUUCAUAUCGCGCGCCCGUUUUAAUCUUCACAUAGUCCUUUGUUUUUCUCCAGUUGGAGAAAAGUUUCGUAUGCGUUCACUAAAGUUUCCUGGACUUAUAUCUGGAUGUGUAAUAGACUGGUUCCAAAAAUGGCCGGAAGAUGCUCGAGUCGCAGUCUCAAGACACUAUUUGUCUGAUUUUCAGAUUGUUUGUAGUGACAAAAUUAAAGAUCAGGUUAUUGAUAUAAUGAGUUGGAUUCAUGAGACGGUUCAAGACACUUGUAUAAGCUAUUACGAUCGGUUUCGAAGAGUUACUUUUGUCACUCCAAAGUCACUGAUAUCAUUCCUAGAAAGUUAUAAGCUGUUAUACAAAGACAAACAAGAUCACAUCGUAAUAAUGUCGGAGCGAAUGAGCUCUGGGUUGGACAAACUUGAUGAAGCAGGAGCAUCUGUCGCAAUACUAAAAACAGAUUUAAUUGAAAUGAAUAAAGUAAUUGCUUUUGCUAGUGGGGAAGCGGAAGAAGUUUUAGCCACUGUAGAGCAAUCAAAAGCUGCAGCUGAAAUAGUUAAAUUGGAGGUAGCACAAAAAAAAAGUCAAGCCGAAGUUCUUGUAAAAAAUAUAUCAGCAGUAAAACAUGUUGCGGAAGCAAAAUUAGAAAAAGCUCUUCCUGCACUGGAGGAAGCAGAAGCAGCUUUAAAAACUAUAAAAGCAGCUGAUAUUGCUACAGUCAGAAAACUGGGGAAACCUCCCUACCUAAUAACCCUAAUAAUGGAUUGCGUUUGUAUAUUAUUUAGAAGAAAAAUAAAACCUAUUCGGCCUGACACAGAUAAAUCUUUUAUACAAAGUUCUUGGGAAGAAUCAUUAAAGGUCAUGUCUGAUACAAGCUUCCUAAGAAAAAUCGUAGAGUAUCCUACAGAUUUGAUUAACGCUGAAAUGGUCGAUAUGAUGGUGCCGUAUUUUCAAUAUCCACAGUACACAUUUGAAGCAGCUAAGGUGGCUUGUGGUAACGUAGCUGGACUGUUAUCUUGGACAAUGGCUAUGGCAAAGUACUUUGAAGUAAAUAAGGAGGUAUUACCACUAAAAGCAAAUCUAGCUGUCCAGGAGGCUAAAUAUCAGAAAGCUUCAGGUGACCUCCAAGAAGCUGAAGAAUUACUUAUGCAAAAAGAAAACGAAUUGGCUGAA